AUGGCUGACAGCAUCCCGUUAAAUCCAGUGCGGAAGAACUCGAGGAGGACCCCGUAUUACAACUCAGCCAGACUUCCAAGAUACUCGCUAGAAGAUGAGCCCUCUAACCUGGAUGAGAUGCCUCUGAUGAUGUCGGAGGAAGGCUUUGAGAAUGAUGAGAGCGACUACCAGACGCUGCCCCGGGCCAGAGUCAAUCAAAGACAGAGAGGCCUCGGCUGGUUCCUCCUGGGAGGAUGGAAAGUCCUGUGUGGCAGCUGUUGUGACUGCCUGGCCCAUAUUUGUCGGCGGAAGAAGGAGCUGAAGGCCAGGACGGUGUGGCUCGGCUGCCCAGAGAAAUGUGAAGAGAAGUACCCCAAAAACUCCAUCAAAAACCAGAAGUACAACAUCUUCACCUUUGUGCCUGGGGUUCUCUACCAGCAGUUCAAGUUCUUCCUCAAUCUCUACUUCCUGGUGGUGGCCUGUUCCCAGUUUGUGCCAUCGCUCAAAAUCGGCUAUUUGUACACAUACUGGGCACCUCUGGGUUUUGUGUUAGCCGUCACAAUGGUGCGAGAGGCUGUGGACGAGGUGCGACGGUACCAGCGGGACAAAGAGAUGAACUCUCAACUCUACAGCAAACUCACAGUGCGAGGAAAAGUUCAAGUGAAGAGUUCAGACAUACAAGUUGGGGACCUGAUCAUCGUUGACAAGAACCAAAGGAUUCCUGCAGACAUGAUAUUCCUGAGAACAUCAGAGAAAAAUGGUGCGUGUUUCAUCAGAACAGAUCAGCUGGACGGAGAAACAGACUGGAAACUGAAGGUUGCUGUCGGCUGCACGCAACGACUACCGGCAGUGGGGGACCUCUUCUCCAUCACCGCCUACGUCUACGCCCAGAAGCCUCAGCUGGACAUCCACAGCUUCGAGGGGAACUUCACAAGGGAAGACACAGAUCCGCAGAUCCACGAGAGUCUGAGUAUUGAAAACACUCUUUGGGCCAGCACUGUUGUUGCAUCUGGCACGGUGAUAGGGGUGGUGAUCUACACAGGCAAAGAGACCAGAAGCGUACUGAACACGUCCUAUGCCAAGAACAAGGUCGGCCUUCUGGACCUCGAGCUGAACCGCCUCACCAAGGCCCUGUUCCUGGCCCAGGUGGUCCUGUCCAUCGUCAUGGUAGCAGUGCAGGGGUUUGUGGGUCCAUGGUUCCGCAACCUUUUCCGAUUUGUCGUGCUUUUCUCCUACAUCAUCCCCAUCAGUUUGCGUGUAAACCUGGACAUGGGGAAGUCGGCAUAUGGCUGGAUGAUCAUGAAAGACGAAAACAUCCCCGGCACAGUUGUGAGAACCAGCACCAUACCAGAAGAACUGGGCCGGCUGGUCUAUCUGCUGACAGACAAGACUGGAACUCUGACACAGAACGAGAUGGUCUUCAAGCGGCUUCACCUGGGAACAGUAUCGUAUGGCACUGACACUAUGGAUGAGAUACAGAGCCACAUAAUCCAGUCGUAUGCACAGGUGACCUCUCAGCCCUCCAAUGGUAGCACCAGUGGCGCCACUCCGUCGCGGAAGACUCAGACGUCAGGCCCCAAAGUCCGUAAGAGCGUCAGCAGUCGCAUCCACGAGGCGGUGAAGGCCAUCGCCUUGUGCCACAACGUCACGCCCGUCUAUGAGUCGCACGUCAACGGAGAGACAGAGUCCGCUGAAGCCGACCAGGACUACAGUGAUGACAACCGCACCUACCAGGCCUCCAGCCCUGAUGAGGUGGAGCUGGUGCGGUGGACACAGAGCGUCGGCCUGACCCUGGUGAACAGAGACCUGAACUCCCUGCAGCUGAAGACUCCUUCUGGACAGAUCCUCUCCUUCCACAUCCUGCAGAUCUUCCCCUUCACCUCUGAGAGCAAAAGGAUGGGCAUCAUCGUCAGGGAGGAGUCAACAGGAGACAUCACUUUCUACAUGAAGGGUGCUGAUGUUGCCAUGGCGAGCAUCGUCCAGUAUAACGACUGGUUGGAAGAAGAGUGUGGGAACAUGGCCAGAGAAGGUUUGAGGACGCUGGUGGUGGCCAAGAAGUGUCUGUCUGAGGAGCAGUAUCAGGACUUUGAGAACCGCUACAACCAGGCAAAGCUCAGCAUCCAUGACCGAGGCCUGAAGGUUGCAGCAGUUGUGGAGAGCUUAGAGAGAGAGAUGGAGCUUCUGUGUCUGACCGGAGUGGAAGACCAGCUACAAGCAGACGUCAGGCCCACGCUGGAGCUGCUCAGGAACGCUGGCAUCAAGAUCUGGAUGCUGACGGGGGACAAGCUUGAGACGGCUACGUGCAUCGCCAAAAGCUCCCAUUUGGUCUCCAGAAGCCAAGACAUCCACGUCUUCAGACCGGUCUCAAACAGAGGAGAGGCCCAUCUGGAGCUGAACGCCUUCAGAAGGAAACAUGACUGUGCUCUGGUCAUCUCUGGAGACUCCUUAGAGGUGUGUUUGCGGUAUUACGAGCACGAGUUUGUAGAGCUGGCGUGUCAGUGUCCAGCGGUGGUCUGCUGUCGCUGCUCCCCGACUCAGAAGGCCCAGAUCGUCACGCUCCUCCAGCAGCACACCGCCAACAGAACCUGCGCCAUAGGUGAUGGAGGAAAUGAUGUCAGUAUGAUCCAGGCAGCAGACUGUGGCAUCGGGAUCGAAGGAAAGGAAGGGAAGCAGGCGUCUCUGGCUGCAGACUUCUCCAUCACUCAGUUUAAGCACAUCGGUCGCCUGCUCAUGGUUCACGGCAGGAACAGCUACAAGCGCUCUGCAGCGUUGGGACAGUUCGUCAUGCACAGAGGCAUGAUCAUCUCCACCAUGCAGGCUGUGUUCUCCUCCGUGUUUUACUUUGCCUCAGUUCCCUUGUACCAGGGUUUCCUCAUGGUCGGGUAUGCCACCAUCUACACCAUGUUCCCUGUCUUUUCACUGGUUCUGGACCAAGACGUGAAGCCGGAGAUGGCUCUUCUGUACCCAGAGCUUUAUAAAGACCUCACCAAGGGGCGUUCAUUGUCUUUCAAGACUUUCCUCAUCUGGGUUUUGAUCAGUGUGUAUCAAGGUGGCAUCCUCAUGUACGGCGCGCUGGUGCUGUUUGAGUCGGAGUUCGUGCACGUGGUCGCCAUCUCCUUCACAGCGCUCAUCCUGACCGAACUGCUGAUGGUGGCGCUGACGAUCCGUACCUGGCACUGGCUCAUGGUGGUGGCCGAGUUCUUCAGCCUGGGCUGCUACCUGGCCUCGCUCGCCUUCCUCAACGAGUACUUCGACUUGUCGUUCAUCACGACUUGGCCUUUCCUGUGGAAGGUGUCCGCCAUCACGCUGGUCAGCUGUCUUCCUCUCUACAUAAUCAAAUACCUGAAGCGCAAGUUUUCACCUCCGAGCUACUCCAAGCUGUCCUCGUGAGCCAGACUUGGAUUACCUUGUUUUGUAGUUUCGUGCUUCACUGAGCGCUCCGUUUUCAGCACUUUUUUUACUCACUGAACCUCAGUGAUGGGCAAGAUGACCUGUGGAGGAAAAGCAACACCCUGGAAAAAUGGGAAGUUAGGAGAAAUGAAAAACAAUCUUCUUCGGAUUAUGUCACUGGGAUCUUGGGAUGACUUGAAAAAAGAAGCACAUAAAAAAAAGACUAUGAAAAGGAUGGAGGAGGAGAGUGUGAUGUGUCACUGACUGCACCGAGAAGGACUCAAAACACUUGACCUCAUUUUGUUGGGAAACGGUCAAUCUGCCUUCUUUUGCUUGAAAACAUUUCAAACAAAUCAGCUUCAAGUGUCAUUUUAUACACUUCUGAUGCAUUAUUUCAACGUUUAACCUUUUAUAUGUGGACUUCAGACUUUUUUUAAGUGUUAUUUUUUAUUCUAGGUAUUAAUUCCGGUUGCUGGCAUGCAUCUGUGAACAGUGUUGAGUUGUGUGAAGGGAUAUUACAAAAAAAAAAAAAGGUCUUUUGUUUUUAAUCUUUUCCUACAUUACUGUAAAUAAAAGCCUUUACGUGCAGGUUUGGCUGCCACUGCUGUCAAUGUAAACCUCAUCAACUCUUGUACAAACAUGCAUUAGAAAACAAGACAAUUUUACGAUGACAUUCACAAAGAAAAUGCUUGAACUCGCUUCAAAACUGAAUCUCUGUGCAUUUCGCUGCUUCACGUCCUCGAGACAUCAUCAGACAUCACCCUCUCCGUAGUAUAAAACCAGCACUCCAUCGCCACGUUACAUGUAUUUUCCGCAUAUCUUGGCCUUUGAUUAUCCUGCAUAAUUUAGCAUUUCUGAUGUCUGACGGCAGCCAUCGGUCCUCCUGUGCCCACGUGGCAGCUCGAUUCGUGCCUCAUUAUGAUGUAUCUUAAACGUACCGAAGACGCGUCUCACAGCAUUGGAUGUAAAGCAAUCAGACAGAGCGUUUGUUUUUGUUACCUCCGUAGCCAGAUCUGUAACCUCCAGGAGCCUGAGUCCUGCUGCUGUUCUCUUGAAGAUCAUUUCUUUUACGGUAAAACUACUUUAAAGUCACAGCGAAGGACCCUGAAUCGCUGUCAGCUGUGUAUUUUUAGGCCUUUACUGACAACACGACUCCCCCCGGGAGGCCUCUGUGUAACUUUGUCCUGUAGCAGACAUUCAGCUCUUUUUUUCUUUUUUUUUUAAAGGAGGGAUGAGUUUUAUCAUUCGCUCUGUGUACUGUAGGUAUCAGGCACGUUGUGAGCACAAUGGAAUAAAUCAGAUGGAAGAGAGUUUUCUUUCAGUAAACAGGGUGAAGUGCAGUCAUGUUUAUCAGCUAGGUUGUCAUUCUGUGAAUCAUAUUUGAGUUAAACUCAGUUUGAUCAUUCCUGAACAUGGUUGUGUUCAUUUCCAAACGUGGCGACCGAACUGUGAAAUGUGGCUGCGCUGCAAGAGAAAAAGAGAAAUAAUGGCUGUUGGAGGAAGAGCCGGUUGCGGCUGCGACACUUUAAUGCAAAUUGCAUUUAGCGUUUAUUACAUUUCUGAUUUCCUUUCUUAUGAAAAAGCGAUUCCAAAUGUUGAGUCCUGUGUUUUCUGUUGAGAUCUCUGUUUCUGUGUGAUGUCGUAUGAACUUUUUUCUUUCCUGUGAACUUGCUUUCCAUGUCCUACACUGGGAUUUCUAACAAGCUGUCUGUUAUUUAUAAUAUUGUUAUUGAUUAAUGAAUAAUAAAAAAGAACCAAUAGAUGCCAA